AUCUCCUUUGACACUCCGUAUUACGUCAUCAACAUGCGCGAUAAGCCUUGACAUUCAGACGCAUGCGGAAUAUUUUCAUGAGUUUUUGACCUUUACAUUAACGCUUGUCUUUCAACUGAAUUGGAGCUUUCUAAGCCGCAAACGACAUGUCCGUCAAACAAGCAUCGGUCCAUGCGAAAUGGAUCAUUGGCCGGGUGAUCGGGACCAAAAUGAAGAAGACGGCAAAGGUUCGUGUUACCAGACUUGUGCUUGAUCCAUACCUGCUCAAGUAUUACAACAAGAGGAGGACCUACUUUGCCCAUGAUGCUUUGGAGCAGUGCACUGUUGGUGAUAUUGUUUUGUUGAAGGCCUUGCCAGAGAGAAGGACCAAACACGUGAAGCAUGAACUCUCAGAGAUUGUGUAUAAAGUAGGGCAGGUGGUGGACCCCCUGACUGGGAAGAGGGUUGCUGGACAGCAGUUUUUGGAGCCUCUUACAGAAAGCACAGAAGAUACAGAAGCAUCAUUAACAAAAAAAUUGGAGCAACUAAACAUUACUUCCUCUGCGUCUCCCCCAUCCUCAUAGUAUUGUGUUUCUGUGUUUAAUGUAACUGUCGUAUAUCUUUGUCAUAAAAAGCUAUUACACUG